UUAAAUUUUAUUUAAUUUAAUUUGAAUUUUUAGGAUUACUUUCUUAAUGUUGGAACUUGCUCAUGACACUGAACAGAUGGUAAAAGUAGGUAAAAGUCAUCCAUACCAUGUUCGUUAUAAAGUUGAAUUUCAUCAAUUGCUCUUCAAUUUGGUGGAAUAACAGUUCUUUAUUGAAUGUAUUGAAUGGAACCUCACUAAAAUCUUAUAAGAAUGAUGUGGGUAAUUUUGGUUCAUGGAACGUAUUACACAAGAACAAAACUAUGCUGUUUUUUUUUUAUUAAGCCUAAUUGAAUACAUAUCAAGUGAUUUUUCUUCUUUUGUGGUUAAAUCGUCUUUGCUUUUCACUUCUGUAAUCUGCUGUUUUUGCCGCCGCGGAACCAAUCGUCUAUACUCUUUCCUACCUACCCUCUGCUCUCAUUGUAGAAUUCAUCGGCUUUCCAAGGAUUAACGUCUUUGAAACGAAAGGAAUAUCUGUUAUUAAUAGCUAGUUUAUAGUAUCUUGUAACAGAAAUCUGCAAUUGACCAUGGAUUCGACUUCCAAUCAUGUUCGUAAAGGGUCUACUUCAACAGUGAGUACUGAGGGUGGUGAUGGAGGACCUUCUAAAUUGACAAGGGACAAUAAAAAAGGAUUCGUUGUAAAUAGCAGGAUAAAAAGAGGUGGAAGCCAUUUACGACUCGCAAGACCCGGAAAAAUCAGUGCUGCAAGUUCUCGUCCUAAUGUCUUAACAAGAACUACGUCUCAUAAUCCAAAUUACGAUCGCAUUCACAGUACGCAUGCUACUCUUCCUAGACAAAGAUCUCUCAACGAUCUUAAUGAUUUGCACGGAACUAGGGCAGCGACAGCGAAAACCGGCUUAAUUCCUUUGACACAGAGAAAGCCUAAGCUUGUUUGGGAAGAGGUUACUAAUGAUAAUGACUCUACGGCCGGAAAUUUUGAUACGGAAAGUGUUCGCACCGAUCUACCUGAAACAGAAAACCACAAUCCUCCUCCAUUAAAUGCUGCUCAACCAAACGAAGAUCAGUCUCGUAAGAUACAAGAAGGAAAUACCACUGUUUUGAUUCCAAAAGAAGAUCAAACUACGAGUGAAGGGGUUAACAAAACGGAGCAUGAAAAUGUCUCUUCCUUAAAUAUUUCACUUCCACCGGCUACUGCAACUGAAUCAUCAAUAAAAGAAGAAAAAACUCGAUUAGGAAAUGUCAAUGCUCAAUCAUCUUCAGAUCAGCACAAGGCCGUUUCUGAUCGUCCACUUGGUCCCACAGAUAUGUAUCCGACCUACCCUCUUGCUACUCCAAGUGCUUCUGAUACAGUACAGUCAAGCCCAGUGCAUAAAAAUACCUUUUUUCAAAAUACAUCUACUGAUCACGAACCACUUCCCCCUGUAUAUCUAGCGGAUUUUCAAAAUCAAAAUCAGGAACGAAUUUCUCCUAAGGCACUGACUAAUGCUGAAUCUUUUAGAAAUAUGGAUUCAGAUACACACAGUGUAACUACGUCUCUUCCAGGAGAUUUACUAACUAAUCGAAAGUUUUCUUCGAAUGUUACCAAAACACCUGCUCAAUUAUACGAUAUAGGUGCUUCUACUAGUAGGACCCAACAAAAGCUUCUUAUUCAGAGGGCUUCUUCUCGAUUUGAUACAGCGGAAGAUGACCCCAAUGCAAAUCCCUCUAAACGGUAUUUACACCCACAAGCAAAGCAAAUCACGGAUUCAGUCCGAACACAUUUGCGUAACGUAAUAAAGAAUCGUGAAAUUGUAUACGAAUUUCUGAUCAAGCUUCGCCCUUUUGUGAUAUCUUCAGAAAUUGAAGAUUUUUCUUCGUCUUCUAACCCUUUUACCUCAAGUCCCCAUGCCCCAAGUUCUUCCAAUUCGGGACAAUAUCCGGCGUCUACGAGUGGAUUUUCUUCGAAUGCUCACUCCGUGAAUCCUAGCGAGAUACUCCAUUCCUCUCAACCGUCAUAUCCUUUGGCUAAUACACGUAGGAAGUCUAUCCACGUUCCCAAAGUUAGAAAAGGGGAGGAGCCAGAAACGGUAGAGAAUAAAAUACUGGAAUUGUGGAAAUAAUAUCCAUUGCCUUAUAUCUUCUCGUAAUAAAGGGAGUUUUAAACCUGACCAUCAUUCAUGACGAAAAAAUUUUGGCUAAAAAAUCUUGUUUUACAUAUUUAUAAUUAAUCUAAUUGAAG